AUGUGCCGCAAACUCUGGCCCGUCUACACCUGCGGCCACGAACAAAUCCCCGCCCAAUCCACCCACACCGAGUCUUGCGGGAACCAAUGUCCCGAAUACUCCUGGGGUUGGGGAUACUACGAACUCCCCACGGACUGCGGUAAUGUUCGUUGCUCGACGGCGAUACGGAGGAUGCUUGAUAAGGGGCAGGUGAAGAUUGCUGAUUGGAAAUGGGAUUAUGGUGCUCAUGCUGGUGGUAGCUAUGGCGGUGGUGAUGCUGGUCCAGCUUUGGGGGGUAUGAGCUAUGGUGCUGAUAGUAAUGCUGGGUAUGGAGGUGGAGGAUAUGCCGGCUUUGCUCCGAUGCGCCCGGCUGGGGGUCCGUUAACGUCUUGUCCGGUACAACGUCUUGUCCGGUACAUGGCGGUUAUGAUUCAGGGCCUGUGA